UUCAACCACGUGUACUGCGUUCAAGUGUUCCCUCCUUAAAAUCCUUUGUUAAGCAACAGCUGACUCCAACUGCCAUCAAAAGCCUUUGGAAAACAGCCAUUACCCACACGCAACUUGAUCUAACUCUUGCAGUCCAAAUAAUAACAACUUCUUGCUUCUUUAUGCUCCUAACUUGAAUCUUCCAAGUCUUCAUUCCAAGGUUGAGCACACAAGCAAAGCAGAGUGCAAGAAAGGAAAAAAGACACAGAAAAAAAAAGCAAGGAAAAGAGAAAGAAAUAAAAUAUUCCCUCCUCUACAGUAUAAUUAAGUUCCCAUUUCUGGAUGCCUCAAGAAAAUUGGAGAUACAACUAUUAUACAAGGUUUAGUUACGGCUCUUACAAAUAAACGAGAGAGGCAGAGAAGUAGACAAGGGGAGGGUGAGAGAUGUGUGCUUUGUGUAUUGUUCCUCUGCUUCCUACAAAGCCAAGACCCUCUGUGUUUGAGCAGAACAACCCUUUCUUCCCCUCCAGAAGAAAACCCAACAAGAGAAUUAGUCCUGUGGCAAGAUUAUUUGGGCCAUCGAUUUUUGAGGCCUCAAAGCUGAAGGUGUUGUUUGUAGGAGUUGAUGAGAAGAAGCAUCCAGCGAAGCUACCAAGGACUUAUACACUAACCCAUAGUGAUAUUACCGCUAGGCUUACUUUAGCCAUCUCACAGACAAUAAAUAAUUCUCAGUUGCAGGGGUGGUCAAACAAAUUGUACAGAGAUGAAGUGGUAGCAGAAUGGAAGAAAGUGAAGGGAAAAAUGUCUCUCCAUGUCCAUUGUCAUAUCAGCGGAGGCCAUUUUUUGUUAGAUUUAUGUGCAAGGCUCAGAUAUUACAUCUUCUGCAAAGAACUCCCUGUGGUGUUGAAGGCCUUUGUCCAUGGAGAUGGGAAUUUGUUGAACAGUUACCCAGAAUUGCAGGAAGCUUUGGUAUGGGUUUAUUUCCAUUCAAACAUUCCAGAAUUCAACAGGGUAGGGUGUUGGGGCCCAUUAAAGGAUGCUGGAGCACCUUCUUCUUCUGGGGUGUAUGAGGAUGGGCCCCAUGAAAGCAAGCAGCAGGCAACCCCAGCAAGUAAUUGGAACUUGCCCGAGCCAUGUAAUGAGAACUGCGAGUGUUGUUUCCCACCAAUGAGCUUAAUCCCUUGGUCACAAAAGCCCCUCAUAGCUACUGAAAGUAGUGGAGGGACCCGACAGAGCUUUCAACAAGCAGCUCCAAAACCCUAAAUCGUUGGUCCAUUUGUGCCUUGAUGCGUGAUAUUUGCCUCAUUGUUUUAUGUCAGAACUCAGAAGGUGGUGCUCAUGUAUAUAGCUGUGUAAACUGUGAUAUAUAUAUGUGUGUGUGUGAGAGAGAGAGAGAGGCUGAAAUUGCAUGCCUGAUGCCUCCCUUGCUAUUCAAUGAUUUGGGAGUAUGUUUAAUAUUUGUAUUUUUUUAAUAAUUUAAUUUAAAAAUUGAAUAGAAAUUAUAAAUACUUGUAAACAUUUA